UGUUUCCUCUUCCAGGCCAUCUUCAUGAUUCCCACAAACCCUCCCCCAACCUUUCGGAACCCGGAUCUGUGGUCUCCGGGCUUCCGGGACUUUGUCAGCCAGUGUUUAGUGAAGAACCCAGAAAACAGAGCUACGGCCACACAGCUGUUACAGCAUCCGUUUAUUAAAUCGGCCAAGCCCAAUUCCAUCCUCAGAGCUUUGAUCACAGAUGCCAUGGAGAUCAAACUGAAGAGACAGGAGGAAGAACAAAGAGAGCAGGAUGCAGACGACGAUGAGAAUUCGGAUGAAGAUGAGGUUGACCAGGGGACGAUGGUUCGGGCAGGUACGGGUGACUCAGGAACCAUCCGGGCUGCCGGUUCUUUAGGAAGUUCUCUUGGAAGCACCGCAGGAACAAUGAUUGAACACGAUGACACGGGAACCUUGCAGUCACAGCUGGGCACCAUGGUCAUCAACUCUAAUGAUGACGAGGACUAUGAUGAUGACGAAGAUGCUGGCACUAUGAAAACUCAGGUAAGCACGUGGUCGGUGGAGGAUCUGCGGCUGAAGCUCGCCUCUCUGGACCCUCAGAUGGAGCAGGAGAUCGAGGAGAUCCGCCAGCGCUACCAGUCCAAGAGGCAGCCCAUCCUCGACGCCAUCGAGGCCAAAAAACGAAGGCAGCCGAACUUCUGA